AUGCGUGCCAAAGAGAAUAUCUUGAAAAAACAAGAUUUGAAUGCCGUAGUCGUUCUGGAGGACAUCUUUUCUGACUUCAGAAACUGUCACGAGAAAUGUCGUUUGUGUUUUAAAGAAGUUACCGAACAAGAUUCAAGAAUACAAAUCACGGAUGACAUAGAGAAAAAGAUUAAUUCAGUCUUGCAAGUUCACUUGUCAUUGGAUGGAAUGGGAUCAGAAUUUAUAUGUUCAAAAUGUGAAAACAAUUUAAAUAUUUCCCAUCAGUUUACAUUCAAAAUAAAUGAGAAAUUAAAGUGUUAUGGGAAGUUUAGUAGCAAAAAAGUUGACGAUGCCGAUGAUGGACUACCAGUCCCAUUUCAGGAGAAUUUCAUUAAAGUUGAAGAUGAAUUGAAAUUAUCAACAGAGAUGGAGUUGACUUCACCAAUAAAUGAAGUCAAAGAAGAAAGUUCUGGAAAUGGAAGUGCAACCGAACCUGAUGAAAGUCAGAAUAAAGAAGCAAAUGAACCUGAAAAGCAGGAUCUGUCAAAUCCUCAGUUCAUUUUAAGCGAUAGUGAUGGAAAAAUAUUAAAAAAUGGUUACACGACCAAACCACGUCGUAUAAGAUAUUUCAAUACUAAAUUUCAGUGCGAUAUUUGUGGAAAAGUAAUGAAAACCAAAGCUAACAUUGCUCGUCACAUGAAUACGCAUAAAGAUCUUAGAACAAGAUAUUAUCAUUGUCAAAUUUGCGAAAGUUCCUUCUUUGAUAAACAUGGACUUAAAACCCAUGUGAUUGGUGUUCAUGAAAAACCAAAACAUCUUAACUGUUCAUUAUGUAGAAGAACUUUUAGGACUGAAAGAGGCUUAAAAAGUCAUAAGUUACGUCCUUGUCGUUUACCUUGUGAGAUCUGUGGGAAAUCGAUUGGAAAAAAUGGACUCAAGGAACAUCUGAAUGUGAUGCAUUUUAAGAUUAAACCAUAUGAAUGCGAUAUUUGUGGGAAGAAAUUCAGAAGUAAAACUGAAAUUACUCAUCAUUUGAAUACACAUAUUAGUCUAGAACACAGAACAAGAGAUUACCAAUGCGAUCAUUGUGAAGCAUCUUUUUUCGAUAAAUGUGGACUUCAAAGACAUACAUUAAAUAUGCAUGAAAAACCAGAGCAUCUUACCUGUUCAUUAUGUAGCAGAACUUUUAAAACCGAGGAAGGCUUAAAAAAUCAUAAGUUACGUCCUCAUCGUUUGCCUUGUGAAGUCUGCGGGAAAUCGAUUGGAAAAAACGAACUCAGGCGACAUUUAAAUACGGUACAUUUCAAUAUAAAACCAUAUCAGUGCAAUAUUUGUGGUAAGAAAUUCGGUAAAAAAUCACACCUUACUAGACACGUGAAUACGCACAAAGAUUUUAGAACAAAAGAUUUCCAUUGUCAAAUUUGUGAAAGUUCCUACUUUAAUAAAGAAACACUUCAAACGCAUAUAUUAAAUAAUCAUGAAAGACCAAAGCAUCUUACCUGUACAUUAUGUAGAAUAACUUUUAAGACUGAAAGAGGCUUAAAAAGUCAUAAGUUACUUCCUCAUCGUUUACCUUGUGAGAUCUGUGGGAAAUCGAUGGGAAAAAAUGCACUCAAGAUGCAUCUGAAUGUGAUGCAUUUUAAGAUGAAACCAUAUCAAUGCGAUAUUUGUGAUAACAAAUUCAGAAAUAAAAAUGAAGUUACUAAUCAUUUAAAUACACAUAUUAGUCUAGAACACAGAACAAGAGAUUAUCAAUGCGAUCUUUGUGAAGCUUCUUUCUUCGAUAAAUGUUCACUUCGAACUCAUACAUUCAAUAUGCAUGAAAAACAAAAGCACCUUAUUUGUUCAUUAUGUAGCAAAGCUUUUAGAACCGAAGAAGGCCUAAAAAAUCAUAAGUUACGUCCUCACAAGGUAAACGAACCUUGUGAGAUUUGUGGGAAAUCAAUUAGAAAUCUUAAGCAUCAUCUGAAUAAAAUGCAUUUCAAUAUUAAACGAUGUCAGUGCGAUAUUUGUGGAAAGAAAUUCCGUAAAUCUAACCUUGCUCGUCACAUAAGCACACAUAUUGGUUUGGGACCCAGAACGAAAGAUUUCCAUUGUCAAAUAUGUGGAAAAUCCUUCUUCAGUAAACCUGGACUUAAAGCCCAUACAAGAACUGUUCAUGAAAAAAAUUCCCUACAGAUUCAUCAGAAUAUGCAUUAA